AUGGAAGGGGUGCUACUGGGGACACAGUUUCAGAAUCUGUCUUUCAAAGCCAUCUUGACCCCGCAGUCCCUUUUGGUGUUGGAUUUUCGUGGUUUUGGAUUGGAGCGUUGGUUGGUUCUGGAGCUGGCCCCUCAGCUAGCAUCACAGUCGCACUCUCUGCCCUUUGAGUUCACAGCACUGGAGGCCAUCCUGCAGCACAAGGUAAACACUCUACAUGCUCAGCUGAAUGAUGUGGAACCAGUAUUGUUGGACACAUUGGAGUCACUGGUGGAUCCUAAAAUCCUCUCGGUUGAUAGAAGUAAACUGCAUAUUCUGCUGCAGAACAGCAAGAGCUUAUCAGAGUUGGAGACCGACAUAAAAGUCUUUAAGGAUACCUUGCUGAAGAUUUUGGAUGAAGAGGAGAUCAUUGAAGAACUGUGUUUGACAAAGUGGACAGACCCAAGAGUUUUUGAGGAGAGCAGUUUGGGUAUUGACCACGCGGAGGAGAUGGAACUCUUGUUGGAAAAUUACUAUAUGCAGGCUGAGGAGCUGGCGAACAAGACCAGAGAGCUGAAAGGGCUGAUAGACGACUCUGAGAGUGUUGUCUUCAUCAAUCUGGACAGCCAUCGUAAUGUGAUGAUGCGCCUGAAUCUGCAGCUGGCGAUGGGAUCCUUCUCCCUUUCCCUAUUUGGUCUGAUAGGGGUCGCUUUUGGAAUGAAUUUGGAGUCCUCCUUCGAAGAGGACCCUCGUGUCUUUUGGCUGGUGACCGGCUUCAUGUUCUUGGGCAGCGGGCUGAUAUGGAGACGACUGCUGUCAUUCCUAGGGCGACACCUAAUGCCUUCAGUACCUCCUUUGAUCCCUCAGGUUUGGAAGAGAAAUAUGAAAGCAUCAGACAUCAGGUCAGGAAUCAGAUGAUUUUGACCUCUGCCCAGUAAAAUUUCACAGAACCUCCUACAGACUCUUCAGCUUUAGAGACGAUUGUUUUACAACCUCUGGACCUCCUGAUUUUUCUGCAAAAGGCUGGACAUUUUAGGUUGGUAACGCACUUCCUUUGCCAUGCCUAAAGUAGAGGUUGAGACUGCAUUCAAAUCUAUCUGGAGACUGCAAUGUUAUGUGUGUGCUUCUGUGUGCCCCUCAUUUGUUGCACUAUUUAAUGGUUGUUUCAGAAAGUCAUUCAAAUGUCUUCAUAUUCAAUCAUAUCAGUAUUACUCUGCCAUGAGUGGUUUCAUAUCAGUCUGUGGUAAAGUGGCCGCAUUGGAACUUAAACUGAUAACAAUACAACUAACAUAAAAGCAGGUUACAUUAUUGUCCCUCAUUUCAUUCAUAGGUGAAAAAAAGUCUGUUAAACUGAUUUAAAGUAAUAUGAAUCAAUGAAGUUGUAAAGUCUAUUGUCAAUGUUUAUAGAGUGUUAUUUCAUCUGUGCUCAGCAUUUAAGAAUGUGUUAAUCUGAGUGGUUACAGUGUAACAUCCGUCAGAAAAUAAAGACUUCCAGAAACAUUUA